AGGGUGGAAAAGUACAGACCCAUGAAAUUAUGUGAAAUAGUUGGAAAUGAAGAUACUGUGAGCAGGUUGGAGGUCUUUGCGAAAGAGGGGAACGUACCAAAUAUUAUAAUUGCUGGUCCCCCAGGAACAGGUAAAACCACCAGUAUCCUCUGCUUGGCUCGUGCUCUGCUUGGUCCUGCAUUAAAGGAUGCUGUUUUGGAGCUGAAUGCCUCAAAUGACAGAGGCAUCGAUGUUGUGAGAAACAAAAUCAAAAUGUUUGCCCAGCAAAAAGUCACACUUCCAAAAGGUCGGCAUAAAAUAAUCAUCCUUGAUGAAGCAGACAGCAUGACAGAUGGAGCACAGCAAGCAUUGAGAAGAACAAUGGAAAUUUAUUCCAAAACAACGCGCUUCGCACUUGCAUGCAAUGCCUCUGACAAAAUCAUAGAACCUAUUCAAUCCCGGUGUGCAGUGCUGCGUUACACCAAGCUGACAGAUUCACAAAUCCUUGCAAGGCUACUGAAAAUUGUUGAGAAAGAGGAUGUACCAUAUACAGAUGAUGGACUAGAAGCCAUUAUCUUCACAGCCCAAGGAGAUAUGAGACAGGCAUUAAACAACUUACAGUCCACAUAUUCUGGAUUUGGCUUUAUAAACAGUGAAAAUGUCUUUAAGGUAUGUGACGAGCCUCAUCCUCUGCUUGUGAAAGAAAUGAUACAACACUGCAUAAAUGCCAACAUUGAUGAAGCAUACAAGAUUCUUGCCCACCUGUGGCGACUUGGAUACUCUCCAGAAGAUGUGAUUGGCAACAUCUUCCGUGUGUGUAAAACCUUCCAAAUGCCAGAAUAUCUGAAACUGGAAUUCAUCAAGGAAAUCGGGUACACUCACAUGAAGAUAGUAGAAGGUGUGAACUCACUUUUACAAAUGGCUGGACUGCUGGCCAGGCUAUGUCAGAAGACCGCAGCCCCUGCAGCAAGUUAGAUCUUUCAGUGAGCUGAAGCCUGUGUUCUGGAAGGCGAAGGCCGGGCGUGCAAGGUCAGCAGCUCCGUCUGUGUCCUGAAUUCUGCAUGCAAAGAGCCUGUUCCCUUGGGUUUGCUACAUCGCAGAAAAAAUAACCAGGUUCUAUUGUAAAAAUGUUUUGUACGUUUUUUAUUUAGACCAAUAAAGCUUUAAAAUUUACUUUAAC